AUGAGAUUACAUUCAUCAUUAAUAGUAUUAUUACUAUUAUUUAGAUUAGCAUAUUCAACUUCUAUUCCAUUAUCAGCAUGUGGUUCAGGAGAAGCAGUGCAAAACCCUGCAACAUCAGUUGGAACAUGUGUUUUACCAGCUCCAACAUCGAUGGGUGUAGCUAGUGUAAGUGCACCAUUCUUUGGUGACUCUAGAGUUUGUGGAGCUUGUUUCAAUUUGACUGGAUCCAAGGGUAGUACUAUAGUGAUGCUCUCCAAUAAAUGUGACAGUGGAGAUGUUUGCACACAAUCUGAUCACGUUCAUUUCAUUCUCGCUCCAGCCGACUUUGCCAAGAUUACCGACGCUGCAAGCACUCAGACAGCCAACAAAAUUGGAUACCAACAAGUAAGCUGUGAUUUUGGAAAAAAGAUUAGCUAUCAAUUGGCAAGCAAGCCAAAUGCAGAUUAUCUUGGUAUUAGAUUCUCCGACAUGGAAGCACCCAUCCAAUCGGUUAGAUUGAAUGGCUCACCAACUCCAUUCGUCAUUGAAAACAAUGUUUGGGCAUGGCGUAGUAAUGGCAAUGGAAAGGAUAAAGCUCUGUACCCAGCAACCGUCAUAUUGACACCAGGCGCCAACGGUGGAUCGCCCGUCUCUAUCAGUGUCUCCCAAACAGCCACUGGAUGGGUACUAUCAACUGCCCAAUUCAAACCAGUCUCUCCAGUUGGCCAAGACGUCUGUGUCACCGGCUCACCCAACCAAUACAUCUACCAAGACGCCUUGACCGCCGGAUGGUCCGACCAAAGUUACUCGUACCAAGAACCAAUCAACUAUGCCUUCCCAGACCCAGACAAUGUUAUCCAAGCCAAGCUUACUGCUGGCGGUGCAGUCCAACUCAAAUUCGAGGGUGGAUUCUCGACCAAGUACAUCGAUGCUCUCAAAUUCUCAAUCAAGUCGAGUUCAUUAACUUCAGUCAAAGUAUUUUUCGGUAGUGAGACUGGUACAGCUGUAGAUGUCACCUCUGAAUUUGUUACACAUACUCUUACCAUUGAAGCACUUGGAGCUCAAUCCUCUGAAACCUAUUUGAGUUUCUUGAGUGCUCAACAAGGCACCUUUGAAAUCAACAAUAUCAUGUGGGUAUUUGAUACAUCGAUUCCAACCACUCCAGGCAACAUUGAUGUUAUUGGAAAGCCAAAACCAGGUACCACAACAUCUGGUGCGACCUCCUCCUCCUCAACAACCUCUAAUACUAUUCCAACUGGUAGUAGUGAAUUCCCAGGCAGCGGAAGUGAUGGAGGUCCAUCUGGUGAAGGAAAGAAUCAAAGUGGAGCAGCAUCAUCAGUACAAUUUUAUUUAUCAGCUUUACUAUCUUUACAAUUAUUAUUAUUAUUACUUAAUUAA